AUGAGGAGCAGUGACAGUUCCAUUUGCGAAGAAAGAGUUAUUGAUGGUGUUAUCAUCCCGUAUCAUGACAAGCUGCUUGCUGAUUGUGGUGAAAAAAGCUCAAAUCCAAGUGAAGAAGAAACAGAUAUCAACAGACUUAACCCAUCAACUUCAGAGUCCAAAUUUAACAGAAUAAGUUUAAAGAGUUGGUGUCGCUGCCAGCAAUGUAAUACCGGCACAUUAGUUGGUUCCCUGGAGUUUCAAUGUUGCAGAGAGGUAAAUUCAUCUGCAAAGAUGGUUUUUGAUGGUUCCCUUGAACGGAUAAAAUGCAUCACACAACAUGAGGACUACGAUGCGAUUACGAACCAUGCAGUUCUUCUCCAAGUGGAUCCCUUGUUGAGAAACCAGGAUGGUGGGACUUGCCGUCGCCGAGGUGGAAUGUCAGAAAACGAGUUCAUUAGAGCUGUUGCAUACCGAUGGACCACAAGGUGGCUUUGUGGCUACAUGGGCUGGGAUAACAGAAGACCACUACCAGCCUGUGUUUACCAUAAUAUCAGAACAAAAUACCACUCACAAAAUACCAGAGGUUUUGCUGCUGCUCAGGACAGAGAGUAGCAUAGUACACAUAAUCAAAACUAUGACAUGAUUCUUCUACACUGAUUUAACAUACAGUAUUUUGUUUGUAAACAACAAUUUUCAAAUUGAUUUUCAUGGGUGGUUGUUUCUUGUUCUAUUGUUUGGUAAUGUAUGGACUGUGAACCAGAAACAGCGUAGGUUCUACAUGCACACUAGUUUGACUAAAUUUAAAACUUCACCUUGUUGUAGGUACAAUGCAAAUAUUGUAAGUUGAUGAGUACAGUACAAUGCAGGCAUGGAAAAUUUGAAGUAAAAAGGAAAAUUGUACCCCGCAGAAAACCUUCCUGUGACAGAAGUUUGGUCACUUUAUUUUUUG